AUGACCGGAAAAGACACCUCCUCUUCCUCGGUUACGACCGACAACAAACAUCUCCAUCCCGUUUACUCUGUAACCAACAUUCAGAACAAAGUCAGAAUUCUCGAUGGUGAAAAGGUCACCUACUCGGCAUGGGUGAAACUCUUUAAACUCCACGCAAAAGGCUACGAGGUAUUGAAGCAUAUCGAUGGAACCAAGCCGCCAGCGGAAACAGACGAAGACUAUGAAUCAUGGGCUAAAAUAGACUCUAUUGUCUUACAGUGGAUCUACGGAACACUUUCAGACGACCUUCUGGUUCGUAUCUUAGACGAUCAGUCAACCGCUCAACAAGCUUGGAAUAAACUCCAGUCGAUCUUUCAGAAUAACAAGAACUCACGUGCAUCCUCUCUUCUACAGGCCUUCACCAACACACCGUUGGCUUCUUGCUCAUCGUUGAAUGAGUAUUUCCAAAAGUUAAAAGGCAUUGCUGAACAGUUGAAAGACGUCGACCAGCCCGUUACCGAAUCCCGACUAGUCUUGCAGAUGGUUCAAGGUCUACCACCAGAAUACGACACUACCGCCUCGUUUAUCAACCAAUCGAACACCUCCUGGGAUGAUGCCAGAGACAUGAUCGAAAGAGAGCAGCGACGCCAAGCAGCCAGACAGCAACACUCAGCACUCGCCGCCCCUCGCACUGCCACACCAACGUCCGUCCCACCUACCGGCGUCAACACAAACCCCACCGGACUAUUAUCAGCCCCGACCAUAUACACGUGGCCGGGGUCGUGGUCGAAACUCUCGAGGAAGCCGUGGUCGUGGAAGAAGCUCUUUCGGUUACUAUUCACAGCAGUGGAAUAA